AUGCUCAUUUUCUGUAGGGCCAAUGACAAGGCCAUGGCCAUGGAUAGAAGAUUUCCCAUGAUUCUUGUCGGUUUGGGGUUGAUGGUUAGGAAAUAA